AUGGUUUUCGCCUUACUCUUUGCUUUCUGUCUUUGCGGCUUGGUGUAUGCUUGCCUCACUCUGGGGCGAAGAGGCAAGAACCUGCCACCUGGCCCUCCGACUUUUCCUAUUCUGGGGAAUCUUCAUCAGCUUCCUAAGUCUGGCACAUUUUUCAAACUCACAGAAUGGGCUCAACUGUACGGCAAAAUAUACUCCAUCAAAAUCGGCUCGGGGACAGUAAUCGUCCUAACAGAUCGCCGACUCGUCCGCGAGCUCAUCGACAAACGCAGCUUCAAAUACAGCCAGCGACCCCAAUCCUAUGUCUCCGAUAAUCUGAUCACGAACGGUGAGCACAUGCUGGUCAUGCAAUAUGGCCCACUGUGGCGUGUCUUCCGAAAGCUUGUCCACCAAAAAUUCAUGGAAUCCGUCGUUGAAAGGGAGUAUGUGCCUGUGCAAGAUGCCGAGGCGGUACAGAUGCUUUAUGAUCUAUGCCAGCAGCCGGAUCAGCAUAUGUUGCAUCCCAAGCGGUUUAGUAAUAGUAUUGCCAUAAGUUUAAUGUUUGGGAUGCGCACGCCCAGGAUUGAUACGCCGCAUAUGCGUCGUUUGUAUGAGAUCAUGGACGGCUGGGUCCAGGUCAUGGAACUCGGUGCUACACCUCCAGUGGACAUCUUCCCCAUUUUCCACUGGCUUCCAGAAAGUCUCUACAAAAACUGGAUAACGACCUCCAAAACAGUCGGAUCAAACAUGAACUCUCUUUACAGCUCAUUUUUAAAUCGAGUCCGACAGCGCCGUCAAAACCCCGAUUACAGCCGAGGCUCCAUGAUGGACAUGGUACUCGACCAGAAUGAGAAGCUCGGCUUAACAGACCACCAGAUUUAUUUCAUCUGCGGAGUUAGGGUAGAAGGGGCCUCAGAUACCACGGCGACCGCUAUUCAAUCGUUCAUUCAUGCCAUGACCAAGUGGCCGAGUGUCCUGCGUAAGGCGCAGGCGGAAGUUGAUAGCGUUGUUGGAGAGGAAAGGACGCCGACUUGGGAGGAUUAUGCUAGCCUUCCUUAUGUCGCUGCUACCGUCAAGGAGACGAUGCGGUGGAGACCUGUUGUUCCCCUGGCAUUUCCUCAUGCUGCUACAGAUGAUGACUGGAUCGAUGGCUACUUCAUCCCCCAAGGCUCAAGCGUCAUCAUCAAUGUUUGGGGCCUUCACCAAGACCCAGCAUACUUUGCGAACCCGGACGUCUUCGAUCCGGACCAUUUCAAAGGCAAGACAACGCUUGCCCCAGAACUUGCAGCGUCUAUUGAUGUUAAUCUUCGUGACCACUAUGGUUAUGGAUCUGGUCGUCGGAUAUGCCCCGGGAUGCAUCUUGCCGAGCGUAAUCUGUUCUUGGCGAUUGUGAAGUUGAUAUGGGCCUUUAACAUCGGCCCUGGUGUCGAAGAGAAGAGUGGAUUGCCCAUGGUGCCAGAUGUGGAUGCGGUGACUGGAUAUAACGAGGGACUGGUGCUGAGUGCUAAGCCGUUUGGUUGUCGGGUUUCGGUGCGAUCCGAGGCGAGGAAGAAUACGAUUGUGCGCGAGUUUGAGAAGGCUAGCGUGGAAGUCUUUCCGAGGUUUGCGGCUUGA